CAACUUUGAGACACAGAGACUAUGUAGGGUGAAACACUCUAAUACACUUACAUAAACCAGAAAUGGGCUGUGUGUGUUAGUAUAAUCAGAGUGGCUGAAAGGGGCCAAUUAUGUGACAUUAAGACUCUUAUCAGGAUAACACACAUGACAUCUCAGUUAUACAACACACUCUAUAUUGGCCUAUUGUUUUGACUUCAGCCCAUUCACUCAGUGUGUGUGUGUGUGUGAGGGAGGGAGCGGCUGAGACAGAGACUUGUGUGUGCAAUGUAGGUCUACAGUACAUUUCAUAGCUCUCACACCCUGAUGGUGUGGCCUAAUGGCCCAUUGUUUACCUGUGGAAAUUUGAGCCGCAGGUGAGGCGAUGACGUAGCCUCCAGUCCGUCCUUUCCACCAUUUUGUUUCUGAAUGCCACAGAAAAGACAGCAUUCCAACUCUUUAAUACUACAUUUAUACAAUGGCCCUCAUUUGUCAACAUUAAAAACGCAGCCUAAAUGUGUUAAUAUUAUCAAGAUGUAUCUAAUUAUGAUUUAAUAAAACAGGGAUAUGUUAAGUCGAAAAUGUAUUUAAUGUUUAGCGAGGUGGUACGACUCCUCUAUGCCUGACUACUGAAGGACUGAAAGAUGGAAAUUAUGCAAUUAUGUUCUUCUGACCUGCAAGUCCCCCUCCCCUACACACACACAUUGAUAGUACAAGGGAGGAGGACAUUGGGGUGGAGCAGCGUCGCGUGCUGCAGCGAAUACUCGGUAGGUCGUUAAGGCGCGCGAUUCGUCUGUUGCAGAACAGAUGCAGGUCGGUGUGUGUGAAUAAGAGAGAGGCGACAAUGUGCCGUAGCUGUGAAUAAGCGAGAGGCGACAAUGAACUGUUACUGGUGUGUCUGUGUGUGAGAGGAGCGGAGCGGAGCGGGGGUAGAAGAGAGAAAGAGAGAGACAGACAUGGAGGACUCGGAGCACAGUGGAGAAGACGGUAUGGUCGGCGGCUGGCGGUGGAAUAACCGAAACACCGGAGCUCGAGACCAGGCUCAGCUAAGGCAGAAGAUCCGGGAUUUACCGGGACUGUUGAAACAUGGACUGCACCUAAGGAAGAAAAGCCAGUCACCGGAUACCAUCCCCGGACCCAGCACCAGCCCUACUGUUCAGAAGUCCUGCUCCCAGAGUUUCCCGUGUGCAGGGCGUGCGGUGAGGAAUGCGUUCCUGUCUCACGGUCCGUACCCUGCUAAAGACAAGAUUCAUCUUGCCAGGAUCAUAAGGCGUAGCUACGUGGGUGUAGAGCUAGUCCAGUGGCUGUGUGAGCAGUGUGUGUACGUGCGCUGUCGGAGCAUGGCCGUGCACAUCUGGCAGGUCCUACUGGAGCUGGGCAUCCUACUGUCUGUGGACCAGCGCGUGGUGUUCGGGGACUCUAACUCCUACUACCAGUUCAGCUUUGAGGAGUGUGAGUCUGCAGCCUGCGAGUUCUGCGGCCUGGAGAAGGAGGCGUGGCCAGAGGCCGUUAGGCUCCUCCUACAGCUCGUCCCAUACGUCCAGUUCAGAACUGGGUCUGAGGAGGACUCGAAGGGGAACAGAGAUGUCUGCGGGGACAGCUUUCUCCAGAUGAAAGCACUAGAGCGACUCACCUCCACGGUGCAGAAUGAGUUGGCUGCUGCUCUUGCCCUCAAGGCUCGCAAAGCCGUGGCAGAGCAGGGUGGCCCAGAGUCACCAGACUCCACCCCCCGAGAGACACCCACACCCAAUGAGGAGAACACCAUGCUGGGGGGGGGGGGUUCGCUCCGUGGCAACGUGGGGAGUGUGUGUGUGCGGCCGGACAGUGUGUGUGGCCGCGAGGAGCUGACCAGACUAGAGCUGGUCCAGAGACUGGCUAAGGACGGCUGCAGACUGCUACAGAACCAGAACUACAGAGUACCAGACCACCGCAACCCCACUGGAGAGGCAGUAGGGAGGGUGUGUCUUAAGGAAAGGGGUCAGGACGUCCUUGUGCUACAGAGAGUGCCAUCAUCAGUGCCAUCACCUAACCCCGCCUCUUCGCCAUCAGGGGGAGGGGCCAGAGCGGAGGACGGAGAGAAGAGGUAUGUGGUGGUGUCUGGAACACCCCUGAAGAUUCUAGAACACCUGCUCAGUGACCUACGACUGGAUGAGCAGAGAGGAGCACCGGAGAGCAGAGUGUCUGAGCUGCUGCUGGAUGACUUCCUGUUGACGUACCUGGUGUUCAUGACGACCAACGACCUCUGUCAGGCCCUGCUCGGACACUACAGCAGUAAGCGUGUGCAUGGUCAGGGUCAGGAGGAGGGGAAGGAGGCCCUCUAUAGGAAGAGGAAGGUAUUACACCUAGUUGCUCACUGGACACGCCUAUAUAAGGACUUCCUACGAGAGGACGAACACAUCAAGGCAUUCAUGAAGACUCUCUCCAGGUGUGUGUUAGAGGAUCUUUAUGAGUUUCCGUCUCUGGAGAAAGACAUGAAGGAGUUCCAGAAGCUUCUACGACGCAGACACACAGUGGAUGAAUGUCCUCCACAACAGAAGAGUAAGCCUCUGUUCCAGCAGCUAAGUUUAAAGGAGAACAGUCUGCCACUCCGCUUCCCUCAGGCUGACACCAAGGAGGUGCUGUGUCGUGUGUAUGUGAGUGCUGACUCAUACCUGUGUGUUUACACACACUCUUUGCUGAGCGUGGCAGAGCUGCUGAGGAUUGUGGGUCAGAAGAUGGACCGACCAGAGGAGGACAUGGUGCUGGUGACACACACACCCACUGGAGAGAGGAGGAUGUUACAGGCUGGUCAGUAUGUGUAUUCUGAGACUCUGACACCGCAGAGCAAGCUGGUGGUCUGUCGGAGGGAUCUCACACAUAUUAUGGCCCCUCUAACAGACAGUGAGCUGAGUAGGAGAACAGUGAGGUUGUUGGGUAUCAACACCUGGGAUAUGGCUGCUGUUCUCACACAACUGGACUGGAACCUCUUCAACUCCAUGCACGAGCAGGAGUUGGUGUAUUCCACAAUGAGCUGUGGUACCGGAGGCAGCCACCGGGAGGGGCUAUCUGUAUUGCUGCAGCGCUGUAACGAGGUCCAGCAGUGGGUCAUGUCUGAGGUCCUGAUGUGUGUGUCACUCAACAAACGAGUCCAACUGCUCAAGAAGUUCAUCAAGAUCGCAGCGCACUGUAAGGCCCAAAGGAACCUGAACUCAGCGUUUGCCAUCAUCAUGGGACUCAACACAGCAGCCGUCAGCAGACUCAAUAUAACCUGGGAGAAAGUUCCGGGGAAAUUCAAGAAGAUCUUCUCUGAACUGGAGCUGAUCACAGACCCGUCUCUGAACCAUAAGGCCUACAGAGAUGCCUUCAAGAAGAUGAAGCCUCCUAAGAUCCCCUUUAUGCCCCUGCUUUUGAAAGACAUCACCUUUAUCCACGAGGGAAACAAAACCUUUCAUGACAACCUGGUCAACUUCCAGAAGCUGCAUAUGAUCGCCGACACAGUGCGUCUGAUUCGCCACUGCCAAAGCGACCAACUCGGUAACGAGGUGGUGGGGAGCAACAGUGCAGAGGUCAGGGCGAGCGUUCACUACCUCCACAUCAUCGACAAUCAACAGACACUGUUCCAACUGUCACACAAACUGGAGCCGCGCGCCUGAACCCACACACACACACACACACACACACACACACACACACACACACACACACACACACACACACACACACUCCUAGAGGAAUCACAGACCUUCACACUUUGUGUCGAAGGUGCCAUGCAAGCCACUGUCUCUUAGCCAAUCACAGUUCAGCAUCCUGAUUCAGCCAGCCAACCACAGAGCAGCAAAGGGAUUCAGCCAGCCAACUAACAGAGCAGCACACUGAGGCGGCAUUCAGACUGAACAUUUAUAUCCGUCAACCUGAUUCAGAUUGUUUUUCUAUGAGGGUCAAAGUUUGACGGACGACAAAGACUAUGGAGAAGACAGACGGCCAUUCGUUAUUGUUCUGUCAUGAAUACUGUUUUUAAGCUACUCUACAGAGGAGUUUGUACAGUUACUGAGACUGUGUUGUUCUGUUUCUGGUUAACAGUUAGUUUCACUAUUAAUUAUCCUCAGUAGGGUAAACAGUCAAGAGACUGCAGAUAGUAACUGAUAGUAUAUGAAUGGAAAUCAUAGAGUAGACAUACAGUAGAUGUAUACUGUAUGUGUUCAGGCCACAUGGUGAGAUAUGCCUCUGGAUGACACAGUGCCAAAUGCCCGGAUGGGAGAGAGAUGCCUCUGGAUGACACAGUGCCAAAUGCCCGGAUGGGAGAGAGAUGCCUCUGGAUGACACAGUGCCAAAUGCCCGGAUGGGAGAGAGAUGCCUCUGGAUGACACAGUGCCAAAUGCCCGGAUGGGAGAGAGAUGCCUCUGGAUGACACAGUGCCAAAUGCCCGGAUGGGAGAGAGAUGCCAUAUACACAUAAACACACAACUUUUUUCAUGUAUCCAUAGAAACCACAAAGCACUCAUCAUUUCUGGUCCUGUCAUACGACAACAAAGGUCAUACUAUUACACAUUGUUAUUAGACGUUAAUACCAUGGUAUUAUAGAGAUUAUUAUUACAUUGUUAUUACACUUUUACUGACUGAAGAGUGAGAGAUCUGCUGUUUCAAUGCCUGUUACACACAGAUUUCACUAAGCAACCAGGCCUGGGUUCAAACCCGGUCAGUGCAUUUGACACUGAUCUAGUACAUCACUGUUAAGGCCUGGUGUAUUCACACUGACUGAUCAAGUACAUCACUGUUAAGGCCUGGUGUAUUCACACUGACUGAUCUAGUACAUGCACAUUUAUCUACAGUACAGUGUUCAGGUGUGUAGGAGCAGGGCAGUAGUGCUAUAUAACUAUUUAUUGUAAUAUCUAGUUUAUUUAUGUUUCUCUACAGAAUGUGACAGUCCUGUGUGCCAUAUCACACUGCAGCUGUAUAAAGACAGAACUCUAAAGAUUUGCAGGACAAAUGUGUAAAUACAUUGAACUGUGUUUGAGCUGAAAUGCUGGAAUGUUUGAAACAGGAGACUAGGGAGUGGAGGUGGUCCAAUGAUUGUUACUGUCCUUUGUGAUUUCAAAGAGAAAAAAGACGUGAAAAUGAAAGACUGAGGUUUUGUUGUUGUUUUCCUGCCAAUGUCAUGAUGAUGGAAAGUUCUGUUUUAAAGAAUGUUGUUGUGUUUGCAUGACGUGACAACCCCACCAGAUCACAAUGCAAGAUGACACUAAGGGUGUGUCCCAAAUUGCAUCCUAUUUCCUAUAUAGUGCAUUACUUUUGACCAGAACCCAUGUGGCCCUGGUCAAACGUAGUGCGCUAUAUAGGGAACUCUGGUUAAGAGUAGUGCACUAUAUAAGCCAGGGAAUAGUGUGCCAUUUCAGAUUUUCUCUAAGGCUUUAUACUACUGUAAUAUUGUUGACUUGUAAAUAUGCAUAAUGUUAUUAUUGUUAUGAUGAUGUUUGAGAUGUUAUUAUUUAUCUGUUUAAAGGUAGGACUACAUUCCACAAUAUGUCAUCAUCAUACACAGCGGGCGACUGCUUAUAGCAACGUCAACAGAAUUCAAAUCUGCCACUAUUGGCUCUGCAACUAUUGGCUCUUUCCAAAUUGCGCCCUCCCUCGAGGCAUGCGUAUAUUGGGAAGAGCCGAUAGUGGCAGUCUUGGGAGAUUUGAAUGAUGUUGUUGUUGUUGUUUCUGUUGAUCCGCUGUAUAUGAUGUCAUAUAGCUGAGUGUACCUUUAAAGGAAAGA